CCAUUACAAGCUGCAAUUUUCAUAUGAGCUGAUAGGUGGCGCUGUGAACAGGUGGUGUGUAGAGUCCACAGAGCAGGUAUGGCGGACCUUGUCUUGCCGGACGUCCUGGUCAGCAGCCAGCGACACUACAUCCAGGGACGGUACAACGACGCCAUCAAGCUCCUGUCACAGGUGCUGAAAGACAAGGGACGCUCCCUGGAACCCAGGGAGAUCGCCGCUGUCCACUGCAACCUGGCCUCCUGCUAUCUAAAGCUGGGACUCCUGCGAAAAGUUGUCUCCAGUUGUGACUCCGCCAUCAAAGCGGACGCCGCCUCACUGCAGGCGUACCUGUAUAAAGGUAAGGCUCUCCACAGACUGAAGAAGCCUGACCAGGCGCGGCAGGUUUGGGAGUCGGCCCUGGGCAGGUACGGAGACUUCCAGGUGUUGUCCGAGAUCCUGGGCUGUAUCCAGUGUUUGGAGGAGGACAAGUCAGGCCCUACUCCGAGUCAACAAACCAAGGUGAAUGGAGACCAUGCAGAUUAUGGGAGGUCAACGACGCCCCCAAACCUGCAGCAAGGGACAGCAGACCGUGGGGACAGCGAGAAAACAACCGAAGGGACAGCAGAAGGUCAGGGCAAUGACAAAACAGCAGGUGGAACAGCAGAGAGUCAGGACAGCAACAAAACAACAGUAGGGACAGCUGAGAGUCAGGAUAGCACCAAAGCAGCAGUAGGGACAGCUGAAGGUCAGGACAGCACGAAAACAACAGGAGGCUUUCUUGACCCCCGCAGCCCGGAGUUCAAGGUGGGACGGGGUUUCCUACUUGUGAACGAAGGGAACUACGAAGAAGCAAUCAAGCUGUUCAACACCAUCCUCCAGCUGCACCCCAUGACGUACAAGGCGUACGUCGGGAGGGGGACGGCUUACGCCAUGACCAGACAGCUUCUGAAGGCAGAGGCAGAUUUUACGCAGGCUCUCACACUGGAACCGAAGGAGACGGAGAUCUGGAAACGGCGCGGCCAAGUCCGGGCAGCCCUCGGCCAGGAGGGCCAAGCGAUCGAGGAUCUAAACCGAGCCCAGUCCAUUUGUAAGGUGGUGGACGUGGACAUACAGAAGGAGGUCGGACUCAUCUAUCAGGCAAAAGGUGACAACGUUUCCGCACUCAUGCACUUCAAGAGAGCCGACAAGGUUCUCCUGGUGAAGCAAAAACAAGGAGAGCUGGACAAGUCUCAGGCUAAGACAUUGUGGAAUGCCAUGGGCCUCUGUCAGAACAGUCUUGGGUACUGUAUGGAUGCCGUGGUCACCUACCAACGGGCGCUAAACCUUGACCCGGAUUUCCGCGAAUCCAUCGUAAACAUGGCUCAGGCGUAUAAGGAUUACGGAAACUUCGAGAAGGCGGAUGAGCUGUUCGCUCGGGCCUUACGACUGGAUCCGCGCUGCGUGACGACGCUGAACCUACACGGCCUGUGUCUGUACGGCGCGGGGGAGAUUCGCUGCAGCUACGAAACCCACUGCAAGCUUCUGGAGGUCGCCCCGCACAACGAAGACUGUCUGUACAUGCACGGCAUCAGUGCGCAAGCCCUCGGGCUGUUCCGCAAGGCUGUGGAGAGUUUUACCCAUCUGAAUGGCAUGAACCCUGCCCACUGGGCGUUCUACACCCGAGAACUGUGUCUCUUCCAGCACCACCACCUGGACAUGCCCUUAAAGGACUACAACGCAGACAUUGAGUUACACGAGUGCUUCAAGGAGGCGUGGACCAAGAGACUGGACCCAACCCAUCUGACCUUCGACUAUUGCAAGCAGGCUGACUUCAGUCCAGAUAUAGCCGACGUGGACCAGGAUGCAAUGCUUAGUACUGCUGCAAGAGACAUUGCAAAGGUAGCGUUUCCCCUGGGUGACAGGCUGCAGUACGACACCCCGGGGUUCCUGGUGAACAAGAAGCAGCACCGCUGGUUCGGCCUGGCCAUGGUGGACAUGGCGCAGACGGUUCAGCGAGUCUGGAGAGUCAUGAGGAAACAGGACACCAGUGGAAGCAUCAUGGUGACCGGUCGCGCCAGCAGCGGGUGCCGCACCUCCCACGUGUUUGGCUGGCGGGACCUGUUCGACAUCGCGGUGAAGUGGCGUCAGGCCUCGGAACCGAACGACCCCGUGUGGUGGGUGGACCUCCUGAACCAGGAGACCUUCACGGAGGGCUUCGGCUCGCAGACUCCCAUGAUCCUCGGGCAGUGCCAUGUGGUCCGCUACUACCCCUACUGGAAAAAGGCAUUCCCACUUAUGAAGGAUCUGAUGAAGGACCAGUGUAACCCCUCCCCUGCACAGUUAGAACAGAUCAACGAGGCCCAGACCCCGCACGACCUGUACGCCAUCCGGAGCCACGACUUCUACGUGGCGACGCCGUGCCACAGCCAGGCCGCGCCCGGCCGCAUCAUGGAGGGCACCCGUCUUACCAUCCAGAAGAAGACUCGUUACGGCUACACGUGUUCCAUCCGUACGCCCGGUACGCCCGCCAGGUGGAAACAGUUCGACCAAGAGAUGGCGCACGCCUGGGAGAGACUCUGCGAGGAGGCAGUGCGCCCGCAACCCGACACGAGAACCAUGUACGAACUGUCGGCCACGUUAGCGUACUACUGGUACAACUUCAUGCCUCUUUCCCGCGGGUCGGCCGCGUGCGGACUUCUCUCGCUACACGCUCUCCUGUUGGCGAUGGAUCUGCAAAUCGAGCAACCGAUCCCCGCCGGGCUACAGGUGGACUGGGAGGCCAUCUUUCUGCCCACGCCGCGGGAUUUUAUCGGCAUGCUGGACGAAUGGGUCGGAUCAUCACUACAGCAUCUGGAGUCAAGUCCCUUACGCUCACUACCCAACGUCUCAGAAACAUUCCCAACGCUUAGGUCCAUUCUGGAAAUUCUUAAUCAUGAAAAAAGCCUAUAAUAGUUUCUUUACACGUACUUC